UAUGCAAAAUCGUGGCUUCUCACGUGUUCUUAAAUUAUUUUUAAAGGUCCCACUGCGACUCCAUUAAUGGCGGUCUUGUCUUCUUUUCUGCUCCCUCCUCAAUUCUUCUUCAUGAUCUUAUUACCAAGAGAGAUCUGAUUCUCAUUCUAAUCACACUAUCACUGUGUCUCAUCUUCGUUUCUUCCGUAGUUUUUUCACUCUGGUAUAGUGAGCAAAAACAAUGAUGGACCUAACGAAGCUGAAGCCUCCACAGAUCACUUUUUAUUGCUCUGCAUUCUCUGUCUUGAUCACACUUCAUUUGACGAUACAGCUUGUAUCGCAGCAUCUCUUUCACUGGAAGAACCCUAAGGAACAAAAAGCUAUACUCAUCAUUGUUCUUAUGGCUCCUAUCUAUGCCGUUGUUUCCUUUGUUGGUUUAUUAGAUGUCAAAGGAAGUGAGACCUUCUUCCUGUUUCUAGAAUCCAUCAAGGAAUGCUACGAAGCUCUCGUCAUUGCCAAGUUCUUGGCAUUGAUGUAUAGUUACUUAAACAUAUCUAUCAGCAAUAACAUCGUACCCGAUGGAAUCAAAGGAAGAGAGAUUCACCAUUCUUUCCCAAUGACUCUUUUCCAGCCUCAUGUAGUCCGUCUGGAUCAUCGCACUUUAAGACUUUUGAAAUACUGGACAUGGCAAUUUGUUGUCAUCCGACCCGUGUGCUCGAUCUUGAUGAUAGCUUUACAAAUCAUCGGGUUUUACCCUUCUUGGUUGAGCUGGACAUUCACGAUCGUUCUCAAUCUCUCGGUGUCUCUGGCGUUAUACUCGCUUGUGAUUUUCUACCACGUGUUUGCCAAAGAGCUUGCACCUCAUAAUCCACUGGCAAAGUUCCUCUGCAUCAAAGGAAUUGUCUUCUUUUGCUUUUGGCAGGGAAUAGCACUAGACAUUCUGGUGGCAAUGGGAGUCAUCAAAUCUCACCAUUUCUGGUUGGAGGUAGAACAAAUCCAGGAAGCUAUUCAGAAUGUGUUGGUAUGUGUUGAGAUGGUUAUCUUUGCCGCUGUGCAGAAGCAUGCUUAUGAUGUUGGUCCUUAUAGCGGCGAGACCAAGAAGAAACUCGAUAAGAAGACCGAAUGAUCAUGGCCGCCCGGUUUGAGUGGAAAUUAUCGACUGGUUUCAUCAGCCAUUUACAUAUAGCAAAUCUAGAGUUUGGAGAUUGCUUGUCAUGAUUGAGAAAAAUACAAUAAUGUUAAAGAUUUAGAUUAUUUGGAAUGGACAAUUAUGUUGAACCAAUA